AUGACCUCUUACCUCCAUACAUUCCCUCUUAUUGCUCCUGCUGAUGAAAAAGGAUUUAUUUAUCGUGGUUUUAUUGAAAUAAACCAAGUAGAACAUUAUAUCGAACUCCAUCUACCUCGUCCUCAUUCAAACACCUCUGCCAAUAUUUAUGGAAGUCAUGAACUUCGAACUAUCAUAUCUCCUUUUCAGUCUAUCAUACAAUCUAGACUUGAUCAAUGUCAAGAUGUCGGUAUGUUCCUUAGCGAUCUAAAAGAUACCUUGGAAAACAUUUCCUCUCCUUCAGUGACUCAUCAUACACGUGUGAAACCUUCCUGGGAACGCUAUGCUCUUAUUUAUGCUGAACUCAACACGAUAGGCUAUGAUAAACUUGAUUCGAUGGACGAUACGAUGGAUGAAUUUAUUUUUAAGUGUAAAGAUCUUGGUGGACGACUACACACAAUCAAAGCAUAUAUCCCCCCACAAUAUCCCUUACAAUCACCUGUCAUCAAGGCUGAACUUCCUAGUGAAAAACAUCAUAUUGGAUAUAUGGAUGAUUCAAAAAGGGAUAUCACAACAUCGACAAUCACAACAACAACCUCUCAUUCAACAACAAAUCAUCAGUCCUUAUCAGCACUUUUAGAUCGUACACUCCAGGCAUUGGACAAUUACCAGUUAUUUUUCUCUACAAUGGAUCAAUUGGACCAGCAAACUCGUGUGAUUGAUCCUGAUCACCCAUCAAGGGCUGAUACCUGGCGACGCAUUGCAUUAGGAAAUCACUGUUCACUACAAAUAACCAUUCAAGAUCCAUCCCAACCUACAAAGUAUAUACCCAUCGUACGAUUUUUUGGUAAUGAAAAGAAGGUAUUGCCUUUCCAGCAAGCAUGGCAUCAAUUCAUCAACGCACAACAAUGGCAGCCAGAUAUAUCUUUGGUGGAGAAUUUGACACGCGCCCUGCCUUCCGUAUUACGAUCAAAGUACACUACAUCGUCCGAUAGGAUAAUGGACACGGCCACAAAAGAGCAAGAUGAUGAUAUGGCUUGUGCUAUUUGUUAUGCUUACAAAUUGGUUCAAUCUACCGGUGAUGAUGGAAGCACUGACAAGAAGCACCAAGAGACUCCUGAUACCAUUUGUACUAAUCAACAAUGCAACCGUGGAUUCCAUCCCUCUUGUCUUUUUGAAUGGCUUCGAUCCAAUCCCACAACAACAAGAAGCUUCAAUGUAUUGUUUGGUUCAUGUCCUUACUGCAACAAUAAAAUCACAAUCAAGGCGAUUCUAUAA